GGCAUCAUAUACCGUGAUUUAAAGUUGGACAACGUUCUGCUUGACAAGGAUGGACACAUUAAGAUUGCUGACUUUGGCAUGUGUAAGCAGAACAUAGCAGGAGACAGCAAGGCAACUACAUUCUGUGGUACUCCUGAUUACAUUGCACCGGAGAUUCUUCGUGGUCAAAAAUAUGGCUCGUCGGUGGAUUGGUGGUCAUUCGGGGUUCUGUUAUAUGAGAUGUUGAUUGGGCAGUCUCCAUUCCAUGGUGAUGAUGAGGACCAGUUGUUUGACUCAAUUUUGCAUGAUGCACCAUACUAUCCCAAGUGGCUGGGUGAUGAUGCUCUCAAAUGUAUUAGUAAGGUAAGUUAACUCAAUUUGUUUUCC